AUGAUACCUUCAACAGACACGAUCAGUAGCGCACUUGGUCUCGCUUCCUCGGCUGCGUGGUUGGGAGCCCAAUUUCCUUGGGGUGUCGCACGACUAGUUGGGGUGCCGGCACUCCUCGCGCAACUAUGGACAAACUAUCGUCUCCAGUCUGCGGAUGGGCUUGCAUUGCCGUUUUUGGCUAACUGGCUUGCUGGCGAUUCUACCAACUUGAUCGGAUGCAUUCUCACCAACCAGCUUCCUUUCCAGACAUAUCUGGCCACCUAUUUCGUAUGGAUAGAUACAUGUCUCCUUGUGCAGUACAUUUACUACGAGUGGUAUCGGACGCCUCAGAGUUCGUCCAAACUCGAAAUUGACACUAAUGUGGAUGCGCCUCAAAUCACUGCAUCACCUACGAUCACUGUUGGCCACCUUGGAGCUUCCACAUCUCUCUACCUAGCCGCCCACCCCGAUUUGCACGAUGAGAUAGGGGGUGAACCCUCGGCGAUGACCGAGUCUUUCCAUUCCGAACGUCGCCGAGGUGCAUCCCUCGCAGGCCGAGGAAGGGCCUUGGAUAGGGCAGAUGAAGAGGCAGACGCAGAGGUCAUCGCAAGAGGCAUUGGAAGAGGGCGUACCGGAGAAGUCGAAACUGGAUUGGCAAAGAUUGGUCGCGUGUUGCCUCGCUCUAUCGAGAUUACCAUUCAUCCUUCCAUCUACUUUGCUUCUUCGUCCGAAAUCAUUCCUCUUCGUUAUGUUUCUUCACCCGUUAUUAUCACGAGCGAAGACCAAGAACAACUUCCCCCUACGGCUCCACCUCCUGUACCACCUCCGUCGGACGACGAGCCCGAUCGGACUUCUUGGACAUGGGUGAUUGGACGCAUCUCAGCGUGGACAUGCACAACGUUAUAUUUGACGAGUCGCAUGCCUCAGAUUUGGAAGAACUACACGCGUCAGUCGGUUGAAGGGCUCUCCAUCUCAUUAUUUGUGUUUGCUUUCUUGGGCAACUUUUUCUAUGUCGGCUCCGUCUUGACCUCUGCUCGCAUGUUCGGCACUCCGACCCAACGACUGCAGUACCUCAGGGACACUUUACCAUAUCUACUUGGCUCUGCAGGCACUUUUGUUUUUGAUUUUGCCAUUGUGAUCCAAUCGUUCAUCUAUCGCGGCUUGCGCCCAGCCAAGUUCACCCGGGGUGAAGCUCGACGGAGGUAUCCAGUGCCCGAGCUGGAGAGGAAGAAGCACUGUUGUCGGGACACAGGCGAUCGCGAUCUAUGGGGUGGAGCGGACGCUCGCCAUCCUUGUCUCGUGGUCGGACGAGCAUCGACCGUUAUGCUAAGGGAAAGAUGA